AUGGGGACGGGAGGUCCGCUGGUCCUGUGCUUGGCGCAGCUGGCGCUGGGCUGCGGCCUGGGCCUGUGGCUGGGCCGCCGGGCCGCGGCCGCCGACCGCUGGGCGCUCACCUGGCUCUGCUACGACGCCCUGGUGCAUCUCACCCUGGAAGGUCCUUUUGUCUACAUCUCUCUAACAGGCACCGUUGCAGAAUCAGACAGCAUACUGGCUUCUCUAUGGAAAGAAUAUGGCAAAGCAGAUGCAAGAUGGCUUUCUUCUGACCCAACAAUUGUAUCCCUGGAAUUGCUGACUGCUGUUUUGGAUGGAAUUUUAGCACUAAUGCUCAUUUACGCCAUUGUCAAAGAGAAGUAUUAUCGGCACUUCCUACAAAUUACCCUGUGCGUAUGUGAACUAUAUGGUGGAUGGAUGACCUUCUUUCCAGACUGGAUUGUGGGAAGCCCCAACUUAAACACCAGCAACUGGCUCUAUCUUUGGGUCUACCUGGUGUUUUUUAACGGGUUGUGGGUUCUGGUCCCCAGCUUGCUACUCUACCAAUCCUGGGUGGGAAUCAAGAAAAUGCAGCUCAAGAAACUGAACCCAGGAAAGAAACGCAAAUGAAUGUACAAAGUGAGAACC